AUGCCGUGAUUUAAAUUAUGCAAGAAAGAACUCGAAGACAAACGAGCAUGUACGAAAGAAGAAUUAUCAAAUGACAACGCUGUAAUAUAUUUCCCGCCUCGUCAAAAUUAUUUUAACUUUUGUGCGCUGUUUAUAGCAACAGGUUAUGUAGAUUAAUUUUCUGUGGUGUUUUGUGUGUUUGGCAAUUGUUUUUAUAGAGGUUUGAAAUAAUUAUUUUGGGUUCUAUGUAAUGUACCUAUGAUAUAAAACAGUUAAAUUAUAAUGGCUACAAACACAGGACGUUACCGUCCUGAAAGAAAGAUUGACAGAAAUGAUGAUAAAAAUGAGAAUCCAACAGCCUCUGCUGGACAAAGAGAGGAAACUUCCGAAUAUCGUUUGCGAAUAGUACUUGAAAAUGAUUCAAUCGAUUCCAAAUACGGUUUCGAACGUGUCAAAGAUCAUAUUGAACGAAUUGGGUUUUUACUAAAUAUGCACACUUCUGAAAUAUUAGAUGAAGACAAACGUUUGAUAGCUGCAGUAGACUAUUACUUCAUGGAAGAAGAUGGCACUAGGUUUAAAAUCUCUUAUCCUUUCAUGCCAUACUUCUACGUACUUACCAGGAGAGAAUUAAUCCAAGAAGUAACUCAGUUUCUCAUGAAAAAGUUUUCUGGUGUUAUUGGCAAAAUUGAAACAGUUGCUAAAGAGGAUUUAGACAUGCCUAAUCACCUUAUUGGCCUGAAACAACACUAUUUGAAGUUGUCGUUUUUCAAUCAAACCGACUUGAUGAAAGCGCGCAAAGAUAUUUUGAAAUGUGUAAAAAAGAAUAAAGAACGUGCACAGUCCAAUAACUUUUACACUAAUAUGCUGGUGAAUGUUUUGAACAAUGAGCAAACUGUUUUUGAUGCAAAGAAAAGCUCAACCGAUCAUAUGGAAAGUUUAAUUGAUAUCAGAGAAUACGAUGUACCUUAUCAUGUAAGAGUGUCAAUUGAUUUAAAAAUUUGUUGUGGUUCAUGGUAUUCAGUCAAACCAAAAGGUGCCAGUAUGGAUCCACCGAUUAUAACUCUUCGUAGUGAUCUUAUUGAAAGACCUGAACCAAUUGUCCUGGCAUUUGAUAUUGAAACCACUAAAAUGCCUUUGAAAUUUCCGGAUGCUAACACUGAUCAAAUUAUGAUGAUUUCGUACAUGAUUGAUGCGCAAGGAUAUUUAAUAACAAACAGGGAAAUUUUAUCUUCUGAUAUCGAAGACUUUGAAUACACACCACGGCCGGAGUUUGAAGGAAAGUUUACAAUUUUUAAUGAAAAGAAUGAGAUGGCAUUGCUGCAGAAGUUUUUUGAUCAUAUAAUGGAAGUACGGCCACAUAUUUUUGUCACUUAUAACGGUGACUUUUUUGAUUGGCCCUUUGUUGAGACAAGAGCGGCGCAAUAUGAUUUGGAUAUGAAACAAGAGAUUGGUUUUGCUAAAACUAAGGAAGGUGUGUUUACUAGUCGGCCUGCUAUGCACAUGGAUUGUUAUAAUUGGGUGAAAAGAGAUUCUUACUUGCCGGUUGGGUCUCAAGGGUUGAAAGCUGUCGCUAAAGCUAAAUUAAGAUAUGAUCCAGUUGAGUUAGACCCCGAAGAAAUGUGUCCUCUUGCCGCAUCAGACCCUCAAGUUCUAUCAAAUUAUUCAGUAUCCGAUGCGGUUGCAACAUACUACUUGUAUAUGCAAUAUGUGCAUCCGUUUAUCUUUGCUUUGUGUACAAUCAUUCCCUGCGAGCCUGAUGAAGUACUCCGCAAAGGUUCUGGUACAUUGUGCGAAGCUUUACUUAUGGUUGAAGCAUUUCACGCCAAUAUCAUAUUCCCCAACAAAGAAGAAACCAUUCUCAACAAACUCACAGAUGAUGGCCAUGUUUUGCAUCAAGAAACCUACGUUGGAGGACAUGUUGAAGCUUUAGAGUCAGGUAUUUUCCGCGCGGAUAUUCCGUGUAGAUUCAGAUUGGAGCCUAGUGCGCUUGAUAUGUUAAUUGAGCAACUUCCUCGUACAAUGGCACAUGCGAUUGUUACCGAAGAAGGUAUUCCAUUGGAGGAUGUCACGAAUCUUGAUGAAGUUAUGAAGGAGAUUACUGAUCAGUUGUUGGAAUUAAAAGCACAACCUAUGCGGUUGGAACGUCCGCUGAUUUAUCAUUUGGAUGUUGGUGCAAUGUAUCCGAAUAUUAUUCUGACGAAUAGGUUGCAGCCGUGUUCAAUGGUAAAUGAAACUAUUUGCGCUUCUUGUGAUUAUAAUAAGCCUAAUGCUGGAUGUCAACGUAAUAUGGCAUGGAUGUGGAGAGGAGAAUAUAUGCCUGCUACUAGAAAUGAAUAUCAUCGUAUUCAACAACAGUUGGAAACCGAAAAGUUUCCGCCGCAGUUUCCCGGAGGACCGCAAAGAGCUUUCCAUCAGUUGACAAAGUUGGAACAGUCCGAGUUAGAAAAGAAACGUUUGUCAGUGUAUUGUAGGAAAGCCUAUAAGAAAACGAAACUCACGCGCAUUGAAGAACGCACCACAACUGUUUGUCAAAAAGAAAACUCAUUUUAUGUGGAUACUGUGCGUGCUUUUCGUGAUCGUCGGUAUGAAUAUAAAGGUCUGAGUAAAAAGGCGAAACAAAACGUGGUGGAAGCGAUAAAAUCAGGCGAUGCGUCCGAAAUUAAAUCGGCAAAAAAUAAGGAAGUUUUGUAUGAUUCAUUGCAAACUGCUCAUAAAUGUAUUUUGAAUUCUUUCUAUGGCUAUGUGAUGAGAAGAGGAGCACGUUGGCAUAGUAUGGAAAUGGCUGGAAUUGUCUGUUACACCGGUGCGCAUAUUAUCAUGCGUGCCAGAGAAAUAGUAGAACAAAUUGGUCGACCAUUGGAAUUGGACACAGACGGAAUCUGGUGUAUUUUACCCGCUUCAUUUCCUGAAAAUGUAACUGUUCUCACAAACAAUGCAAAAAAACCUAAAAUCAAAGUUUCUUAUCCGAACACAGUUUUAAAUUUUAUGGUGAAAGAUCAUUUUACCAAUGAUCAAUACCACGAAUUGGUAGAUCAUGAAAAACUUAAGUAUGAAACACGAUCGGAAAAUACAAUUUUCUUUGAGGUUGAUGGACCUUAUAAAGCUAUGGUGUUACCAGCAUCGAAGGAAGAAGGUAAAAAGUUAAAAAAGCGUUACGCUGUAUUUAAUUUUGAUGGAUCUCUGGCGGAAUUGAAAGGAUUCGAAGUAAAACGUAGAGGCGAGCUUCAAUUAAUCAAAAAUUUUCAAUCGUCUGUUUUUGAGUCGUUUUUAAAAGGGAAUUCGUUGGAAACAUGUUAUGCAUCAGUGGCACAAGUUGCUGAUUAUUGGUUGGAUGUUUUGUAUUCUCAUGGUCGUCAUCUGCCAGAUUCGGAGUUAUUUGAGUUAAUUUCCGAGAAUCGUUCGAUGUCACGUAAAUUGGAAGAAUAUGGCGAACAAAAAAGUACGUCAAUUAGUACCGCGAAGCGAUUGGCUGAAUUUUUAGGUGAUCAAAUGGUAAAAGAUGCUGGUUUGGCUUGCAAGUACAUUAUCUCUAGAAAACCAGAUGGUGCACCUGUUACAGAAAGGGCCAUUCCGCUCGCUAUUUUCCAAGCUGAGGAAGCCGUAAAAAAUCAUUUUCUGCGAAGAUGGUUGAAAGAUUCUUCUCUGAACGCCGUGGAUAUUCGUGAUAUCCUGGACUGGGGUUAUUACAUCGAACGACUUGGUGGUACUAUACAAAAAAUCAUCACAAUACCAGCUGCAUUACAAGGAGUAGCAAACCCUGUACCAAGAGUGCGUCAUCCGGACUGGUUGCAUAAGAAAAUGCUCGAGAAGAACGAUAAAUUUAAACAACGCCGUAUUGAUGAUAUGUUUUCUUCAGCUCCUAAACCAGCUUUACAACAACGCGACAGUAACAAUCAAAUGGACUGUGAUGAUAUAGAAGAUAUCGGAAAGAAUAAAAAUGCAAAUACAAUUUCGCCAAAAAUAGCUACUGUUUCUAAGCGCAAACGGUCUGAUAAUGAAUUUGAAGAUAUUGAUUUAGCUAAGAGUUGGCACGAUGUUCUCGGCAAUCCACCGCCUUACGGUAACUCCGAUGCUGAACAUAUUGCUUGGUUGCAAUUUCACAAAAGAAAAUGGAGAUACCAAGCGUUGCAGAGGAAUAACGGUGAAGUGAAUAGCAAAAAAAGAAAUAAAACAAACAUGGCGGCUGUGGUGCGAACCGGGCAAACCGGAAGUCUCGGUGGUUUCUUACAGAAAGCUCAGAGGAGUCUCAUGGUGAACAAUUGGCAGGUACUACAAGUAUCGCAAGUAUCGAACGCGCCUGGAGAAUAUCGCUUAUGGGCACUGGUACAAAACGAAUUGCAUUUAGUUAAGUUGAUUGUCCCUCGGACUUUUUAUGCGAACUUACGGUCACCGAAAUGUGCGGAUGAAGGUGCGCUGUUUAAAAAAUGUAAUCGGACUUUACCCCGGUCAAAACAGGCGUAUCAUUUGUACAUGUACAGUGUUCCUGAAGAAUUGUUUCAGGAACAUGGAAAGAAAAUUUACGUGGAUCAAACUGAACCAGAUGUGGAAGGUGUUUAUGAAACACAAAUGCCACCGCUUUUCCGCGCUUUGCUACAGAUCGGAUGCGUUUGCAAAGUUGCUAAAGGUGUGAAUAAUAACACUGACACUUUCACAUUAGGAGAGUUGGAUAUUGGAAGUGUUGCACGACAGCCAUACCUCCCGAGGGAUGCAUUACGCCAUAUCUACUUAUAUCAACAUCGCGCGAAUGUCGGUUCAAGACAAAUGUUUGGUGUUUUUCUUACACCACUGAAAAAGGCAUUGAUUGCAGUCGUAGAUACGGUACGCACUAACUUAAUGCCCAAUUUGCACAAUUUAUACCAGGCUGAACGCAUUGUGAAGGCGGAAAGAAAUCCAGACGAAGACUUAUUACCACCCGAUGGAAUCACUUUCGAAGUCCGCGUUGAAACCAACUUGCAACAAGUGUACAAAUUUAUCCAAAAAACUUUGCAAGCCUAUAAAGAUGAGAAGAAAGGUCCUACUUUACUAGCAAUCCAAAGCAUCGAUGAUUUACACAGUUUAUUGAGCCAUAUGCCACUGCUAAGCGACUUUCCCACUACGCAAAUCCAUGUCCAAGAUGUUGAAGACCUCUAUAAUAAUCUAGAAUGGCAAAAAACUGGCGCAAAGGCAAUGAUCCGCCAUUAUCUCAACAGCGAACGGAUUUUAGAAUUAAUGACCGAACAGUGUAGAUACUUCCAUUUACCAAUUGGUAAUAUGCCUGCCGAUCCAGCACUUUUCGGAGCUGAUUUAUUCUACGCUCGCCAUUUAACGAAACAAAAUCACAUCCUUUGGUGCUCGCCGUUUGACAAGCCAGACUUGGGCGGAAGUCAAGAAAAUAAUGCGCGCCUCCUCGCUGAAAGCAAUGAAAGUUCCAGCGAGGUAUGUAACAACCCUGGUUGGUAUUCCAGCGCUUGUAUAGAAUUAGAUAUUGAUAGCUUGGCUAUUAAUACGCUCUUACAGUCACAUCAUGUGACUGAUAUAGAAGGUACCAGCGUGGCGACAGCUUUCGAUGCUGCUGCAACUAAGUCUUUGGAUGAUAUGAUGAGCGCAAAUACACCAUUGACUGCUUAUGAUGAAACAGCGCGUUGUGCGGAAGCUUUUAAGAUAUUGCGAUCGAUGGCCAGCGCAUGGAUGAGAGACAUUUCAAUGUACCGGAAUGUAUUUGCAGAUUUCCAAGUUAUUCAUUUCUAUCGAUGGUUAAGAUCACCGAAGGCUUUAUUAUUUGAUCCGGCGCUCUUACGCACAUUACAAAACUUAAUGAAAAAGUUGUUUAUUCAAUUGGUAGCGGAGUUUAAACGCUUGGGGUGCACUAUUGUAUACGCAAACUUUAACAAAAUCAUCGUUUGCUCCAAAAAGAGAAAGCUAGAGGAUGCUGUGGCUAAUAUAGAGUUUGUUGUAGCGUCGAUAAGGAAUAAAGAACUAUUUCAUUCGUUAGAGAUUACAUACAGGCAAUGUUGGGAACAAUUGGUUUGGCUCGAUACGGCAAACUACGCAGGUAUUCAAGGUAAAUUACCACAAGAUUCUGAAGAAAAUAACGAAAACAACACCGACGAAAGAGAUGAUUUCCUUGAGGAAGAACCAACAAAUGUAGAAAGGGACGAUGAUGAAGAUGCACCUGUCGUUGUAAUGAAUUGGAACAUAGCUGAACAACUUCCCGAAGCAUCCGGAUGUCGAAACAGUUUCAAUACAAUUAUAGCUGGAUACAUAAACGCGAUUUACGUGAAACUCAAAGAAAUGGAAUCUAGACAUGAAACAAUGCAAAUAAUCCCUCUCAGUCAGCCACAUAUUGGCUUGGCUAGUCAUGAAGAUGUAGCUGAAUUUGCUAGAGAACUGAUUAAUUGUGAUAUAUCACAAAAUUUAUUCCCCAUUGUGGAGAAGAUUCACAUGAAACUAUCAAAAACAGCUACGUCAUUCCCGUCUCUAGACUUCAUCAAUGCAAUUUGCCACGUGUUAUCACUAGAUCCUUCUAUUGGGGACGCAGUGAAACACCUGAAAUCGAAUCUUUUGCGAUUAAUUGGAGUCGGGGAGUUUUCCGACCUGACGAUUUGGAAGGACACAACUGUUUCCUAUAUCAUUCCGCAAUUAAUUUGCAAGACUUGCAAUCAUUGCAGGGAUAUUGAUCUGGGGAGGGAUACACAUCGAUCGGAGCAUGCCUGGUUAUGUCCCAUAUGUAAUGCCCCCUACGACAAUCACGAGAUUGAAAGUUUGCUAUUGGAAACGGUCAGCAAAAAGUUCCUAGCGUAUAAUCUGCAGGAUUUGCAGUGCAAAAAAUGUAUACAGAUUAAAAUGGAGAAUUUGAUUAAACAUUGCCCAUGUGCCGGUGAAUAUCGAUGCAUUGUAUCAAAAGAUGAACUUGUCGGGCUGCUGCAGAAGUUUGAACAUUUAGCUGAGACUUUUGAUAUGCCUGCUUUACAUGAAACCAUUGAACAAUUGCUGUUUUAUGUUAACUGAUUAAUUUAUUUUAUUUGUUUGUCUCUUUGGGUAUAAAGACUUACAAACAAACAUAGUAUUGUGACUUUAUUCCUACAUUUUCUAAAAGAACAUUUAAUGAAUCACUUUUUACUUUUCCAUAUUGAUGGGGUCAAUCUUGGGAUCAGUGAACUUGAAUGAGGGGAAUUUAGUCA